UUGUUCUUUGCGCUUUUGCUCCUCCCACCAGCCUCAGCUGUGGCGCGGCUUUAUUCAGCACCGCCACGUACAGCGCCGCACGAUGAGAUUUCGAUUAUUUUUUUUGCUUCUCCCAGCGACCUUUCUAUCAGACUGAAUUUGACAAGAGCAGGAGAACGCGAUGGCUAAGGCUGAGCAUAAGAAGUUUGUUAAGAGGCGGAGUGUGCAUGAGGUGGCGGCUGCGGUGAAGACGAAGCGGGCGGGGACGAAGAAGAUCAAGGUGGAACACGACGCGAGCAAAGUGAAGCACGAAGAGACUACACAAGUCAAGGCAGAGAGCGAAGACGACGAUGAAGAAGAAGAAGAAGAGCACUUGGACGACGACGACGACGACAGUGCUUCAGAUAUAUCCGAAGACGAAAGCGGCAGCACCGACCCUUUCCAUCGCCAUUUCUCGCACCCGCACCAGCAGACACUGAAAAAGUUGAUUGGACGAGUACAAGCAAAAGGAUGGGUGUCGGAGAAGAUCAAGCCGGUCGUCGACGGCGAGCCUGCAAAGUACAGUAUAAAUUUCAUGACCCUUGGCGGUGCGAAAAUGCUGGAUGAAAUCAACGUUGCUGACGCGACGCUGGAAUCACUGAACACCAAAGGACGCUUGGUGGAGCCAUUUAAGGCUGCAAACAAGGGCUUUGUUCAAGAGAAGAAUAAGACAUUCUCUCCCGUUCAGGAGGCCGUUGCCUCGAGAAUCCUCGCAAACGAAGAUGUGCUCUUUGCGCCGAGGACUAUCUCCAGCGGACAGCAGCUCCAAAACCUGUAUACUUUACACAUGCUCAAUCACAUUUUCAAAACACGCGACACCGUGCUCAAAAACAACGCCAAACUAGCAAAGCGCGCCGACGCAGACGACUCCCUCGAACUCCGCGACCAAGGCUUCACGCGCCCGAAAGCGCUCGUCAUCCUGCCGACCCGCGAAGCCUGCUACAAACUAGUUUCGACGAUCCUCAAACUGACCGCGCCAUCGCAGCCAGAGAACUUCAGGCGGUUCCAGCAGGAGUACCAUUCUGACGCGACGAUCCCGGAUACAAAGCCUGAGGAUUUUAGAAGAUUGUUCAGUGGCAAUAAUGAUGAUAAUUUCAGAAUUGGAAUCAAGUUUACGAGAAAGACAGUCAAGAUGUACUCGGAGUUUUACAACUCUGACAUCAUCAUCGCCAGUCCUCUCGGUCUCCGUCUCGCCAUUGGUGACAAAACGGACAAAAAGCGCGACUUUGACUUCCUCAGCUCGAUCGAGAUCCUCAUCCUCGACCAAACCGCCGCGAUCGCAAUGCAAAACUGGGAACACAUCCUCCACAUCUUUGCCCACCUGAACCUGAUCCCGCAAGACUCGCACGGCUGCGACUUUAGUCGCAUCCGGAACUGGUAUCUCGACGGCGAGGCAAAGUACCUGCGGCAGACGCUGAUCUUUUCAGAGUUUAUCACGCCCGAGAUUAACGCGCUGUUUACGCAUCAUAUGAAUAACGUGGGCGGGAAGGCAAAGUAUUUGCCGGUUUAUAAUGGCGUUCUCGGUGAUAUUGGCACGCCCAUGAACCAUACGUUUAUGAAAUUCUACUCCUCUUCACCACAAGAAGACCCCGACAAACGCUUCAAAUACUUCACAACCAAAGCCCUCCCCUCCCUAAUGCGCCAAUCCUCCGCCUCCUCAGCCGGCACAAUCAUAUUCGUCCCCUCCUACGUCGACUUUGUGCGCCUGCGCAACUACUUUGAGCAAGAGCACCAGAUCGGCCGCAAGCUCGGCUCCAGCGGCUUCGAAUUCAGCGCCGUGAACGAGUACACGUCGACGUCGGACCUCACGCGCGCGCGCGCCCUGUUCAAGGACGGCAAACAUAAGGUCCUGCUCUACACCGAACGGCUGCACCAUUUCCGCCGCUACGUGAUCCGCGGCGCCGAGAGCGUGUUUAUGUACAGUUUACCGGACAAUCCGACGUUCUACGUCGAAAUCUCGAGGUUCUUGCUCAGGAGCGUGAGUGAUGGGAUCGCAGAGCAAGACGCGAUCGUUGUCAGGAGCUUGUUUUCAAAGUGGGACGCGUUUAAGUUGGAGCGGAUUGUUGGGUCUGCGAAGUUUGCAAAGAUGUGUGCUGGUGCGGGCGAGAUUUUUGAAUUCUCGUAGGUAGGUUAGGAAUAUUUGUAG